GCUGUCUUGUUUUUGUCCGUUACGUUCAUGCAUGUAAUCAUUGAUUGUGCCUAUUGUGACAGGCCGAUUUACCAUCUGUAGGCUCCCAUGGGACUGUGGCUGCAGUCUCCCUACAGACUUUAAGGAAUUCCCCUUUAAUUUCCGGCCACACGUUUAAUUAAAAAACUGGUUUGACGUGUAAGCCUGGUGUUAACAAUCACACCUGCAUCAUUUUUUUUACACGUGUCGUUUCUGUAUUUCAUUUUGAUGUUAUAUUGAACUUCUAUGAGCAUUUAAACAGACACAAUGAGACUCGCCAGAGGCUGUAGACCAUCCAUUUGAUUUUUCACACAGUUAAACUAAAAUUAUUAUUAUUUUUUGUUAUUGUUGUUCAGGACCCAUCGACUUCACCUCAAAGCCACCAGGGGUCCCUGAAUUAACUGGCACUAAUUAAUUAUCAACACUCUAAAUGGAUCUUUGUUUUGUUUACCACCUUUAAUUUCCUAAUGUGAAGUAUUAUUGUGUAAACAAACUAAUUAUAUUUAACAACUGUUUGCAGUUCAGUCUGAAUGGGAGGGUGACAGCAUGCUAAUUUCAUGUGCUGUAACGCGGAGUUUGCGCCGUGCCAGCGUGUGUGUGUGCGCGUGCGCGUGCUCUAAAGCGGAGCUGCUCUCCAGACGAGUGGGAGACUUUUCCUCCUCCUGCCGCGGCUCACCCAGCCCCCUGCCCUCCCUACGCGCCUCCCCGGCUCCUUUUCCCACUACUGAGAGGAGCGGGACGCGGCCACAGCGGCGGGAAGCAAAUUAUCUACAAGCACUUCCCUUAAAAAAAAAAAGUUCACACUCACAUACACAGAUGCCUCUACUGAUGCCUCACACCGUCUUAGACCCGAAGGAGGAAGCUCACCGGGAAUAACCUGACUGCGGGAUUUAGUGGAGCAGGACGGAUAUUUUAAUAACUAUUCCGGCGUUUUGUUUGUUUAAUCCUGCCGAUGAUCUCAAUUCAUUCCUCUGCACAGUCUCGCGACAGCGUUUUAACAUACAAUUCCCACUCUAGUUUGAGCACACUGGGCAGAAUUUAGGCCUGAACUCGCGCGUUUGGUGAUUUAUUGAGCCACGUGCCGGCGCAACAGGUUGACGACGCGGUGCGGGACAGACAGGAGCCUUCCCGCACGUGUCCGAUGCUUAAUAUUGAUCAUAAAGGAGGACUACAAUGGCCGCACGGAGUCUGAGCCCAUUUCUAUCGCUACGAGCGCGCGUGCUGCUGAUGCCGGGCGCGGAGGAGGAGCGCGCCGCCACCCACUAACCAAAUCACCAGAAAGUGAGAAAUAAGAUCCCGCGUCGCCGCUCGCGCACCUGAUGUUGGAAGUGUUGAUGCUGUCGGGACUGUUAACAGGCACUGCGUUGGCGGCAGCUGUCAAACUCAUGGGAUCCUCCUGCCCCCCGUGUCACCGGCAGCUCCCCUAAGGCUCUACUGCGCAUGUCAGCGCGCUGGACAGUUCCAGAGAGGGAAAUUUAAAAACGGUUUUUGGAGCAUCAAGUGCAGCACAGUGAAAUACAGUAGAGGGGCUGAGGAGCGGCUCACGCAAACUUCAAUAUCAUCCUAAACAGUCCCACAUAUCCCAGGAAAUGAUAGAAGGUGGAAUAACGUCCAGGAUGUCAGGAAUAAUUGACAAUGCUGGACACCAUCCAUCUCCACAAGACUACAGGCUUCUGACCACGGACCCCUCCCAGCUUAGGGAGGAGGACCUCCCUGGGGACCUGCAGUCUCUGUCAUGGCUCACCUCUGUGGAUGUGCCCCGGCUACAGCAGAUGGCUGACAGGGGCCACAGCAACGGGCCCUCCCAGGGCAGCCUGCUGGAGCAACAGACAGCUCAGCUGAGCAACAUGUCAAUGGCAGCAGGACAGGGCACCAUGAUCCACCUGCAGAGCAACAUGCAGCACAGCCCUCUGGGAAUCAGCAUCAUAAACACCCACAGUGGAAACAUGUCUCCGUUCUCCAUGAACGGGCUGCCCUCCCCAGGAUACCAGUGCCCUACCUCAGUCUACCAGCCUGCGCCCCAGCAGGUGUACUCUCUAAGCCAAACCGGACAGCAGUGUUCAACUAGUGGGCUUUAUAGCAAUGUCUCUUUCAACAACCAAAGUCUCUUUACACAACCUCGUCUGGCUCCACAAGAGCAGGAGCUGCAGCCCAAGUCUUUCCCCAAGCCAAUCUACUCCUACAGCUGUUUGAUUGCCAUGGCGCUAAAGAACAGCAAAACCGGCAGCCUGCCCGUCAGCGAGAUCUAUAGCUUUAUGAAGGAACACUUCCCUUAUUUCAAGACUGCACCUGACGGAUGGAAGAACUCAGUCAGACACAAUCUGUCCUUAAACAAAUGCUUCGAGAAAGUGGAGAACAAGACGAGCAGCUCGUCCCGCAAGGGCUGCCUCUGGGCGCUCAACCCUGCCAAGAUCGACAAGAUGGAGGAGGAGAUGCAGAAGUGGAAACGCAAGGACCUGCCGGCCAUCCGCCGCAGCAUGGCCAACCCCGAUGAGCUGGACAAGCUGAUCACAGAUCGCCCGGAGAACUGCAGGCGGAAGGUGGUGGAGCCCGACAUGACCCGGCUGCCCGGCUGCCCGGCCGGGCUCCCGCUGCCGCUCCCGGCCCAGAUGCAGCCGCAGCCCAUAGUCACGCUGUCCCUGCCGUGCCUGCCCAUGCACCAGCACCACCAGCUCCAGGCCCAGCUCCAGGCCCAGGCCCGCCUGGCCCCCAUGUCCCCCGCCCCGGCCCAGACCCCGCCCCUCCACGCUGUCCCGGACCUCUCCCACAGUCCGCUCACCCAGCAGCCCGGGAAGCCCCCGGACCUCUUCUACAGCGUGCACGGCGACACGCACACAGAGGUGGACGCACUCGACCCGAGCAUCAUGGACUUCGCCCUUCAAGGUAACCUGUGGGAGGAAAUGAAGGACGACAGCUUUAACCUGGACGCUCUGGGCACCUUCAGCAACUCCCCCCUCCGGCUGUCGGACUGCGACUUAGGAACGGUCAGCCUCCCCCCGUCCUCCGCUGGAGCAAACCUGCAGCUGUCGGACGUGCAGGUGACGGGCCUCUACGCCUCCUACGCCCCCCAGGACGCCCUGUCUUCCCAGUACAUGGGCACGCCGGCCACCAGCAAGCCCAUCGCGCUGCUCUAGAGCAGCUGAACGGUCUGGAUGGGAAGCGAUGUGAUUCAGUGAGCUGUCCGUGGACAUCUCUGGACGAACCAGAACCAGAACCAGUCAGAGCACUGGCCUCAGUCUCCUAGAGUCGCACAGGAACUAGCCGGAAUAGGACCCGUGAAAGUAGUUUCACAUACGGUCCGCAAGGAAGAGGUUCAUUACGGACAGAAAGUGCUGGGAAAGACCUGGUUGUGAGAAAAUACCUGUAAAACGUAACAAAUCUAGCUUUGCCAAGCAAAGACUAAAAGCCUGUAUGAGUAAGAAAAACUCUGGAGAAGUACGUGUACAUUAGCAUCCACCGGUUUUCUACUGCUGACUCUGCGUUUCAAGGCCCCUCCUUACUGUAGCUCCCUGUCUCUUGUCUGUUGUCUUGUGCUAGACAUUAUUGCUGUGAUGUUUUAUUUAUAUUUAUAAAAGGCAGCUGGAGAAGGCGCUGACUCUCAGUCUGAUGCUGUACAUAUUUGAAUGUCCACAGAAAAGCUUUGCCCCCCCCCCGGCACUGUAUUUACCCACUUCACUCACUGUAAACGUGUGCCAACGCUGCGAGUCAGAUAUGACACAUCCUUUUACACACUGCUUAACGUGACAGAAAGUCAGAUGCGUUUUAUGUUAAUAACAUGACCAGAAUAAAAAUCAAAUGGGUGAAUUAAAAAGGCUUUCGUUGCCAGAUCUAUAUAUCAAUGUCAUUUAUUAGCAGCAGCCCUUGUUAGACACAGGAAGGAUUACUCGUACAUUCAAAUGACACGUGCUGACUGACGUUGAUCAGAAAGUGACCACUAAUGUCCAUGUUUCAAAAGAACCUGAGUUACUGUUUCAAAAUGGAACUAUAAAGACAAAAACUAGAAAUAUCCUUUACAGUGUCACUGUAACCAGUCAAGUCAUUCAUUCUGUUGUCUUUAGCACAGAAAAACAGUGAUGAAUACACGAGCCACAUUUCAGUGAAAUAAAAGACAACCACACUCAUGAUGCUCAUUAUUAAAAUAAAACACUUAAUUCAUAGCUUGUGCAACCUUCGACUGCACAGAGCCCAGUAAGGCAAACUGAACGCUGACAGACCACCC